GUCAAGGUGACCCGUCCAACAAUCGAUCGAUAUGGUUCGUCACACGUGUCAAUGAUUGUCGUCAUCCUCAUGAAAGUGUCGUCUGCUGUUUUUAUCGGUUACCCAAACGUCUCGUCAUUGGAUACGUGUGUUUUCGAUUUAUUGGAAACCUGACUAUUCAAGGAGCGCGCUCACGUAACGAAAACCACAUCGCAUGCGUCGCGAACAUAUUUACAAUUUUGCACAAUAAUCGGUACGGCAAGAGCGACCGCCUUGUAAUUGCUGGAUAGUACCGACAUUGACAGUUAUCCGGUCAGAGAAUCGGGAGCUAUUAGUUUUUUCAGUGAACUUAUGAGUGGACACUGAUUGUGACAAUUUCUGGGUCUGUCGUUAUUUGAUGGUUGAAUUUAGUACGGGAUAAGCUAAACGGCGGUGUAAUUUUUGUGGUUUGUCUCGUAACGUGCAAAGCGGCACAAACCACCGACCGAUCGUGCAAGCUGUCGGUCCACGCUUUCGUCUUGAGCAGCAGUGCAGUGGCAGGCUUCUCGAGGUGGAAUUUUGCUCCGUUGAUGACAUUGCUUUUCUGAGCAGGGAUCAUGGCCUCACGUUCGCUGAGUCGGCUACUUUCAGUGGUGCCUACCGCACGGAAUGUAUGCAGAGCAGCAUAUGGCCAACAGGCAACUCUAGAGAGUGAGCGAGUUCCUGAAUGGACAGGCCAGGAAAAUCUCACCGAGGUGGACCCUGAAAUUCUCUCUCUGAUCAGGGAGGAGAAACGACGACAAGUUCGAGGUCUUGAACUCAUUGCCUCGGAGAAUUUCUGCACCCAAGCCUGUCUCAAUGUGCUCAGUUCUUGUCUUCAUAAUAAAUACUCAGAGGGCCUGCCAGGGAACAGAUAUUAUGGAGGAACAGAAGUGAUUGACAAAGUGGAACGUCUGUGCCAGAAGCGUGCCCUAGAAGCCUUUGAUCUAGAUCCGGAGAAAUGGGGCGUCAACGUCCAGCCUUACUCAGGCUCUCCCGCCAACUUGGCUGUGUAUACUGGCCUGCUGAAACCUCACGACCGCAUCAUGGGGCUGGACCUCCCUCAUGGAGGACAUUUAACACAUGGCUUUAUGACCGACACUGCUAGAAUUUCAGCAACCUCCAUCUUUUUUGAGUCCAUGCCCUACAGACUUGAUAUCAAGACAGGUCUGAUAGACUACGACAAGUUGGAAGAAACCUCCCGGUUGUUCCGCCCACGACUCCUCAUUGCUGGAUACAGUGCUUACCCGCGUAGAAUUGAUUACAAGAGAUUCAGAGAGAUAUGUGAUGAAGUUAAGGCAAUUAUGAUGUCUGAUAUGGCGCACAUCAGCGGUCUCGUUGCGGCCAAAGUUCUUCCCUCACCAUUUGACUACUCCGAAGUCGUGACCACCACAACUCACAAGACACUUAGAGGGCCAAGGUCGGGCUUGAUCUUCUACCGUCGCGGUAAGAAGGGAGUCAAUAAGAAGACGGGCAAAGACAUCAUGUAUGACUUUGAGAGAAAAAUCAAUAAUGCUGUCUUCCCAGCUCUGCAAGGAGGACCUCAUAACAACAACAUUGGAGCCAUUGCUGUGGCCAUGAAGCAAUCGAUGUCUCCCGUGUUCAAGGAUCACCAACGCCAGACCGUCUUGAAUGCUCAGGCCAUGGCUAAUGCACUUCUUGCCAAGGGAUACUCCCUGGUGUCCGGAGGCACUGACAACCAUCUGGUCUUGGUGGAUCUCCACUCUAAAGGAAUUGACGGGGCCAAAGCAGAGCACAUCUUAGAACUCUGCGCCAUAUCUGUCAACAAGAACACAUGCCCAGGCGACAAGAGCGCCCUGCAUCCAAGCGGUCUCCGACUGGGAUCCCCUGCUCUGACUUCCCGCAAGUUGAAGGAAGGCGAUUUCAUCCAAGUCAUUGAUUUCAUUGAUCGUAGCAUUGGUAUUGGACAGGAUGCCAAGAAGAUCUCUGGUGCUGAUGACAAGGCCUUCUAUGAGGUUGCGGAGACAAACAAGGAUAUUGUAGAGCAAAUCGCCAAACUGCGUCAGGAGGUGGAGGACUUUGCAGCACAGUUCCCCAUGCCGGGAUAUGACAACUUUUAGUCCCGGCACGGGAAUUGUGGAUGACUCAUUCUUGAACAUGAAACUCACUCCAAGUGUAUGACUCACUUGAGUAUAGCUUACUCACCAAAUUUUAUCACUUUCCAACAAUUGUUGCUCAUUCCUAAACAUUUUACCUCAUCUCUGUGUCACCUCAAGGUAUUACUCAUUUUCAUCAUUGCUCGUGAGAAACAUUUGUCAUUUACACAAAGAACUGUCAUUACUGAAAUACUAAUCAAUACCCCGAGGUGGCAUGUUCGUUCAAGAAAACUCAUCCAGGCUGAUAGCAAAAAUGACACCUCAUUGAAUAAAAUGAGGUGAUCACAAACAGCCGGAUGAGUCAUUUUGAGAAGUACUUGGUGGUUUAUAUGUACCUCAAGGUCCUAAACAACUUUUUAAGGUAUAACUUUUUGAGAAGCAUCAGAUAGCAAAAACAUCUCUAAUAGAAUUGUAGUCAAUACAAGAUGACAAACUCAGUUUUCAGAAAUUUAUUCAAGUUAUAACUUUCUCAAGAGUGACAGCUGUUAAAUUAACAGCGUUAUUAAGAUGCAUUUGGGCAUUAAAAUAUAUUAAAUCAUUCUCUUAAGGAAAUUAGUAGUGACCAGUUUAAUGUUCAGAUUUAAAUUGUAAGGCAUGGUACAAUUAACACGGUGAUAAGUAUUCUCCAUAUGUAUCUUUAUUCUUCAGAAUGACUUUUUUUAAUGGAAGACAAGGUUGUCAAAGUGUAGAAAUCUUGGGUUAUCAUUAUGGUUCCCCCUUGAGUGUUGGAAAUGUAUAGUCAAAUAGUAGUAUACAACACUAUAAUCAGACGCUACUCCAUUGUUGGAUUGGCCAUGUUGCUUCAAGCUGAAAGAUUCUCAAGUGAAGUAAUGAGAUGAGGUGUGGUUAUUGUUGGAGUUAGUGUGGAGGCUUUGCGUGGUAGCCAUCUUGCAGGGCACUUCUUUUGUUCCACAGAGAAACCUCCUUUGUGUUGAUUCUGUAGAACAAAAGCACUGGCCUGCAAGAUGGCAGCCAUGCAACCCUCUAUUGUCUGUGGAUGUCUAUGAGAAGGCAAAGUGUUGCUGUUUCUUUAAUUUGCAGAACUGGCACAAGUGAAGAUGUAUGAAGCACUUGUUUAUAAAGCAGAAGACCAGGCGGUGUUAAACUUUGCUAAAUACAAACCACCAGCCAGAUUGUUACAAAAGUGUAGUGCUUGUAAUUUGCUUCCUGUGGACAUCGCAAUGGCAUUUGGUUUUGCUAAGCAGCAUUUCUGCUUUUGUUCCCUUUAUGAUUUUAGCUCUGCCUAGUACAAAUGUUGGCGUUAUGUGUAAUUGAAAUAUCUCUAUCCUCGCCACUAUCACAGUCGGCCAGUCACAACAGUUUAAAGGUUGGUUCAUGCUUCACGUAAAAGUGAACAUAAAAGUAAAUUUGUGAAGUCAGAUUAACUAUUCGCUUCGCAAAUUUGUAAAAGUUGAACACCCUUUAACAUGAGCAAAAUUUUGCUGCAAAUUGUCUGUGACGUCAAAUGCACUUCACUUUUGCAUUUGACUGAAGUAUAAACUGGCAAGUACAAAAAAAAGGUGCAAAGAUUAAGAUAUUCUGCAUUGGUCAAAUAAUCUGAUGGAAAUAUUUGUUAUAGUUUUAUUUCGUCCUGUCUUAAAGUUUGAGGGGAAACAAAAUUGCUGGGCUGUUGAAAAUGAAAAAUAAAUGUAGGUUUUUAUUCAACCUCACAUAUUUUGGUUAUAACCUCGUUGAAAAAAUUCAAAGCAAGGAUUUUACUUGUACUCUUGACAACAAAAGUGUGAUUUGCUUGAAAUUGUGCAUUAGAAAGUGUUAGCUGAAAUGCUUAUCUGCCAUUCUGUAUCAUUUAAUUUGAAUUAUGUGGGCUUUAUUUCUACUCCUUUGAGCUUUGAGCUUCCUUUAAUGGAUUUAAUUUAUUGAAUUCUUGGAUUUACCAGCUGUACAGCUACUGAGUGCUAAAAUGACAGAUUAAUGCCGUAACUAAAAGAAUAUUUUAAAGCAGCAUGUUUUGCCAGAUUUCGUUGAUUUCCUUCCAGCUGCAUGCAUUUGUGCUGAAAUGCCAAAGAAGAAAUACAAAUGACAGGAGUUGUCAUUGUCAAAUAGCAUAUAAGCAGAUUUACACCUGCCAUUUAUCUGAAACUUAUUGUAAACUAGCACAGUAAUCAUCCUUUUCAGUUAGAAAUUCAUUUCUGACCUUUUUUGUAAAGAACUACUGAAGGCAUAAUGUUAAACCCUAGCAGUCCUUAAUCAAUCUAAUGGGAGUUAAGAUUUAACAGUUAAAAAGGAGAAAAAAAAAUUGGCGAUUUCAAACAUUAACAAGGCACAGCCCAAACUAAGUCAUGUUGGGACAGAGUGCUUUGAGUUAAGACUGACUUUGUUUCUUUUUGGAAUGAUUCAUUUUUGAGGAAGACAUGUUCCUGCUGGUAAUCAAGAUCAAGCUUCCUAGUGGACCAGACUGCGGAAUAGGUCGGGAUGUCACAAGGGGAAUCUCAGGAAAGUGUGUGUUCCCAAUUAGAGAAUUGUCGGCAUUCUAAGUCCCCUGUUGGAAAAUGCCCUGUAGGCAGGAUGGGUAUUGUGAAAAAAAUAUACCAGCCCCUGACAGAAUAGCCCAUACAUUUCUGAAACACUCGGUGCUGGGCAGAUUGUAACUUUACCAAGGUGUUGUAGUAUAUAUCAGUUAUCAAAGGUAGAUCCGUGCUUCCAUUUAAAAGAAUAUUUUUGCUUUAUGCUUGAUUGUUCAUGUAUCUUUAAUCACAGUGUUGCACUUUGUAAGUUUUUUUGCUCCUGAAAUAAAGAAGCUUCAUUUUAUUUCACAAUCA